AAGCAAACUGGAUAAACUAAUUUUUUUUUAAAAAAUCUCUAAAAACUCGAAUCUCUCACAGAAAGCUCUUAACAAUGGAUUCUCUUGAACUUCCCUCUCUCAAUGCUCACAAAAUCUCACAUUUUAACUUGCCAAAAGAACAAAGCACAAGAUUGUUAUCAAAAGUGCAUCACUUCAAUUCUUCAAUGCAACCACCCUCUUUGAAACUCAGUCCAACUUAUAGAGCUCAACGUUCACGAAGGAGUGUGAUACAAAUGCAAGCUGGUGAUGAAGACUUUGAAUUGAAGCAAAUGAGAGACAUGGCUGCUGCUAAGAAAAGAUGGGAUGCUCUGAUUAGGGAAGGAAAAGUAAAGAUUCUUACACCAAGGGAAGCUGGGUAUGCAAUUCAACUGUCUAACAAACCUCUACUUGAUGUUCGUCCCUCUGUGGAACGGAAAAAGGCAUGGGUCAAAGCCUCAACUUGGAUUCCAAUCUUUGAAGCUGAUGAUAAUUUUGAUGCUGGAACUGUUACAAGAAAGGUCACAAAUUUUGUGAUGGGAGGUUGGUGGAGUGGUAUGCCUACAUUGUCUUAUGACAAGCAGUUCCUAUCAAAGGUUGAGGAGAAGUUCCCAAAAGAUGCAGACCUUAUUGUUGCAUGCCAGAGAGGAUUGAGAUCUCUAGCUGCUUGUGACCUGCUAAACAAUGCUGGGUAUAGAAACCUUUUUUGGGUCCAAGGGGGUCUUGAGGCUGCUGAAGAAGAGGAUUUUAUCGGUGAAGGUCCUCAGCCCCUUAAGUUUGCUGGAAUUGGCGGGGUUUCUGAAUUCCUGGGCUGGACAGAUCAGCAAAGGGCUGCUGCUGCCAAAGAAGGUUGGGGUUAUCGCUUAUUGUUCUCUGCUCGUCUGGUUGGAAUCUUUCUCGUUGCGGAUGCCUUGUUUAUUGGUGCUCAGCAAGUAGGUCGCUAUAUUCAGGAUCUAAGAUCACAUUGAGUUGAGCUUGAAGGCACAUGAUUGAUUCACCAGCAUGUUUUUGCAUUUCCAGUGACAACAUAGACUGAGAUUGCAUGGGAUACCAAUUUUGAAGCCAAGAGUAGUGUAGAAUGCCAAGUACAUACCUCCAUCUCAUGUCUGUAAUGUUCAAUCAUGUUGUAUCUAGGCAUGGCUUUAUUCCAUAUGCUAUGAUGUAUGUGCUCUGAAUUAUGUCUCGCUAUAUUCAAUUAUCUAAGAGAAUUGCUCAAGUCCUUAUUUA